AUGUGGUACGCCACGGCCAAUAUCAUGCUCGUCGAAGGGGUAGAGGCGGAAACUAGUUUCGGGCUUAAACCAAUCCAAGUACCGCCUAUAGUCACAGUUGACUCGAUCCUACGAACGGUUCUACGGUACGCCGCGGCCAAGAUCAUGCUCGUCGAAGGGAGUGAUGGGGACCUUGGGGUGGUGGAGUGGUGGAACACACGGGAAGUAUAUGAGGCAUAG